AUGCAGGCGCUCACCUCCAGGUCGUUGGCUCGCUCAUCUCGCUCGAUUCGUGCUUUCUCCACCUCGCCUGGAAGAUGGCAGGCUGAGCCCCUCCAGAAGCCCGUCCUCCAGAAAGAAUUCAAGAUCUACCGUUGGAACCCAGAUGAGCCCGCCAAGAAGCCUCAUCUCCAAUCGUACACUAUUGACUUGAACCAGACGGGCCCCAUGAUUCUGGAUGCUCUUAUCAAGAUCAAGAACGAAAUCGAUCCUACGCUCACAUUUCGUCGUUCGUGCAGAGAGGGGAUCUGCGGCUCGUGUGCGAUGAACAUUGACGGACAGAACACGUUGGCUUGCCUGUGCCGAAUUGACCGCAACGCCAGCAAGGACAGCAAGAUCUACCCUUUGCCGCACAUGUACAUCGUGAAAGACCUCGUACCCGAUCUCACCCUGUUCUACAAGCAGUACAAGUCCAUCAAGCCUUACCUGCAGAACGACAAUGUUCCCGAGAGGGAGCACCUCCAGUCGCCAGAGGACCGCAAGAAGCUGGAUGGGAUGUAUGAAUGCAUCCUGUGCGCAUGCUGCAGCACGUCGUGCCCCAGUUAUUGGUGGAACCAAGACGAGUAUUUGGGGCCGGCUGCAUUGAUGGCUGCAUACAGGUGGAUUGCGGACUCGCGAGAUACGUACGGCGCGCAACGCAAGGAACACUUCCAGAACGAGCUGAGUUUGUUCCGCUGCCACACAAUCUUCAAUUGCUCUCGCACUUGUCCAAAGGGCCUCAACCCUGCCAAAGCCAUUGCGGAAAUCAAGCUCGCGCUUGCCACGGAGUAA